AUGCCGGACCAGGACGUUCGCGGCGAUGGCGCCGAGGGCGUGCCCGCCACCGCCGGCUAUGGCCCUCCUCGCAGGGAGGAGCACAUGGAGCCAUCCAAUCAUUCGGCGGAUGAUGGUCUCGUCGUGGCCAGCUCCUCGGCCCCUUCGGAUGCACGAGAUGCAGCACGCGACGAGCACAGCGACACCACAUCCACGCAUCCCAGGAGCAAUAGGAUGCGGCCGUCCGACACGCUCCGCCGCUCGCAGGCAUGCCUGGCGUGUCGCAAGCGAAAGUUGCGGUGCGACGCCCGAAAACCGACAUGCACCCGUUGCGAAAAGGCGUGGCUGGCUUACUACGACACCAACCGAGUCAAUGAUCCGUCGCAGCUCAUUCCACCGCCGUGCGAGUACGACACUUCUCUUCUCGCCAAGAUCUUUCAAGGAAACACUCCGGCCGACGGCGCGCAGGGAGCUUCGUCAUCUAGCUCGCAUUCACGUGCUCGCGACUCGACGUAUCCCGAACAGUCGGAGAAUUCUGCGCAGCUUCAGCAGGAAAACGAGCAACUUCGCUCCCAGAUCACUCGUCUCGAGCGCAGGCUGACGCAAGUCGAAGCCACUCCGGACACCGAUGCGACCAGAUCUGAAGGCCGGUAUGCGUCGAGUGCGGGUAACGCCGCCGCGAGAGUAUCCGUCCAGGAGCUGACAUCCAGAGGGAAAAGUGCAGAGCCAACCCACAAGCGAGCCAGAUACCCAGACGACACCUUUCCUUCGGGUGGCAGAUUGGUGAGCAGUAGGUCGGUGCUGCCACCAAUACAUUCAAGUCGGCUGGGCGACAAUGUCCUUCUACGAGAAAGGCAGAACGCUCCAAGCUACGGCGAAGCACUCCCGUCGAGAAACAUCGAGACUCGCCCGCAUCGAGCCAGCUCGACUUCAAGCUCGGCUUCAAGGCCUGCGCUUGGCUGGCAGGCGCCUCCGCACUAUCUCGACAACAUCCCGGCAUCCUCUCCCACGCAAGCAUCUGCAGCGCAGCCGAUGGUGCCACCAUUGCCGGACAGACAGAGCUUGCAUCGACUCAUCGAGAUGUGCGAGCGCGAGGCGUGGCUGUUUGGCGCCAUCAACACUUUUGCGCUCAGCGAUGUCAUGAUCUUGCUCGAGACCGCACCGGCCAACGACACCGACACGCAUACAGCGACUGCCGUGAUGCUGGCGCUCGUCGCAACCGCCCUGCCUUUGCUCGCCCCGGCGUGUCCGGCCGGUAUCCGGUCGUCGACGAUCUUCACCAGCAUCGACGCAAGGCUACGAAAGAGCGGGAAGCUGGAUGGUGUGUCGAUGAACGACACGAUGGAGUGGAUAUCGACGGUCUGCAAGUUCUACGCAGACGCUGCACGCUAUCUGCUCAGUCAGGUCCAGGGCAAUUCGGAGAGCCAGACGCUGAUUGCCUCGUUGGUCGUCCGAGUGCUUCUGGUCGAAUGCUCUUUGGGGCAUUCUGCGAUGCGAACAGCGCAAGCCGACCUCGCCCAAGCGGCGUCGGAAGCACGACUGCUGCAUCUUCACAAUGCGGCUUCAACAGAUCUGCCGCGUCUCGGCGAGGCUCCAAGUCGACCUUCUCAUCUCGGACGAGCCCUGAGGGGCUUGGCUACGGGUAGCGAGCAAGGAUUUGCAUUCUGGAGCUUGUUCCUGCAGGACUGCUUCCAAAACCGCCUAGCCACGCUGCCCGUCAUGCUGGAACGACAGGAGAUCCAGACCAGCUUUCCAGGUCGCACCGAGUCGCACAGUCCCGUUUCUCCGCCCAAGAGGUCGGAGGAUGUGGAAGCCUACAUGCAGAGGCGGCGCGGUCUUCCGGCGUUUCACGUCUUGGACACUUCGAUGACACUGCUGGUGAAGCUGGGGUUGGUGCUGGACCAGUGCUGCGAGUACUCGAACGUCGCGCGUCAAAGUUUGCAGGCACAAGGCGGCAACAUGGCGGGAAGCGAGGUGUUGGAUCAACGCUUUGGUGCUGCGCACGAAGCCAUCCGCAACUCGCGCCUGAUGCUGUCGCAGUACGACGAGCGCAUGUCCCGCCGCACGCAUGCAUACGACCAUUCCAACCCUACGGAUGGCAAAAAGGACGCCAUGGUGGCAUCGGUGAUGCUGCGAGAUCCUCUGCGUUUCGCAGCCGAGGUGACGCAUCACCUUGCCGUCCUCAGAGCGUUUGAGGGUGCGAUCAAUCUCGCUGCGCCUCCGCCACCUACGGGUCAAGCGAGGGAUAUGAUUCGCAACGCCGCCAUCUGGCUAUCGCGCCUAGCGGAUAUGGCUCUCGAGCAAGCCCCUGUGCUGUUUGGCAUGCCCGCGUUCUGUUCAACUGCCUUCUUUAUCGGUGCACGAUGGUUGUUGUUCUUACAGUCCAGCCAGCCCAACGAGUUUCACCAAGACAUCGCCGCGAUCGUACUUGCGCUUCGAGAGCGCGCAGCAUCGUUCAAGAGCGACCUUGUUCUGGCUCGAGCCAUCGUUGCACUCAAAAAGGAACGCGACGUGUACGGGCGUGUGUGCGUCUCGCCCUUCGCUUGGCCGGUCGAAGCUGUCUCGGAGUUCAUCUCGAUCGACUCGCAGAGCCAGCCGCGCGCGAGGCCCCAGCAGGUCUUGCCGGCACGAAAAGCGAGCUACGUCUCAAUCGCCUCGCUGGCAGCUGCCGUCGAAGAUGCCGCGGUCAUUCAGCUCACCACCGGCACCAACGGACACUAG